AGUAAACAAUUGAUUUAUUCCUAUUCCACUUGAACGCAGCAUGACCCACGGGCUCGUGCAGCCUGUGAUUGGGCCGCUGAGAGCUCGGAAAAACAGGUUACGCCAUAUUGUCAGCUUCCGAAGACAGCGCUACAUUCCCGCAAAGAUGACUAAAUAGUAAGUGUCAUCUCAUUUCGAGGUGUUUUACCGUCGCUUUCCAUCCUAUGGGCGCUUUUAGAAGCAGCCAGGUGUUUGCUGUGAGACGCUGACGCGAUGCUAAUGACAUCGCUGGCUGCUAGCCGCUAGCAUUGUCUUUAUUUCACAGGCUUACUUCACCGACGUUUAGACUUCUCAUGAUGGCGCACACCGGGGCAAUGGGAGACUCAUCCGUGGAGGAUAACUCUGCCAGGCGAGGGUCCGGCGGCGUGUGCCUGCGGAGCCGACCAUGCUCCAGCGAGAGAGACGGUCAGGUACGGGCUGUCAAAGCCGCGCUUCAGUCCAGGUUGGGGCCUUACGAGCCCGUCCUGACCUACCUACAGUCCGUCCUAGUUUGGGAGAGACCCGUUCAGUGUGUGCUUCUCUACAUUGUCGUCAACGUUGUGUUCUGGUUCUUCGCCCUGACCUCACUGCGCCUGCUCUUCCUGCUGGCUUCUGGUCUGGCUGUGCUUGUCUGUGUUGAUACCUGGAGAAAUAAGAUCUGGCCAGAGAUUAAAGUCAGAAAACUGGAUGAAUCAGAGAAUGAGAGCUGGGGUUUGGUGCAGCCUGGCAUCCUCAGCGUGCCUGAACUGUGCCACCACAUGGCCGAGGCCUGGGUCAGUGCAGCAGUUCUCGCGUCCAGUCUGGUGCAGUACAAACGACUCAACCCUGGCAAGUUCUGCAUCCUGACCUGUGGAGUGUUCACCUGUUUGGCCGUGGUUGGACGCUACAUUCCCGGGUUGGUGCUCUCCUACUCUGCUGUGUUGGCUACUCUCCUGGCCCCUCUGGGAGCCUAUCACAGGGUGUUUCAGCAUGUGUUCGUGAAGCUGGAGCCGGCCCUGCAGUGGCUGGACUUCAGCGUUCGUGGCUACAUGAUGUCAAAGCCUAUUGAUAAUCAGUUCCUGCGGAGGCCCAUCCAUGGAGCAGCCUCAGGUGAAGACAGUGACAGUGAGGAGGAGUUGGCUGCAUUCUGUCCAACGUUUGAUGAUGCUGUGGUUGCGAAGGAACUUGCGCUGACUGACUCUGAGCACUCUGAUGCUGAGGUGUCCUACACUGAUAACGGAACAUUUAACCUAUCGCGUGGACAGACCCCUCUCACAGAGGGCUCCGAGGAUCUUGACAGACACAGUGACGCCGAGGAGUCCUUUGCUCAAGACCUCCCAGACUUCCCUUCCAUAAACCCCGAUGCCACUCUGAUGGAUGAUGACGAUGACACAAGCAUAGGUCUACCUAGUCUGGGUCCGUCUGGUCUAGCUAGUCACCGGGCUUCAGUGCUGGACGUAGAUGCUCAUCUGGACUCCGAUCAAGAGGAUCUGGAUGCCGAACUUUCUCUCAGCGGCCUGCCACCUGCCUCCGAUUUCACCGGAGACUUGGCCGGGGUCAUCGCCAGCAACAUGAUUCAAGCAGCUCUGAUUGGGGCGAUGCAACCUCGGGCUCCUGCUACCCAACGCAGAGAAGGUCCACCCAGAGCCGGGGCCCACCGAAGCUACCGCAAACAGUCCAGCUCGGAGCUGGACACAGACUUGGACGGAGAGGACUUUGAAAUGCUGGAUCAGUCUGAACUGAACCAGAUGGAUCCCCUUGGAGGAGGCGGAGGAGGUACUAGACGAGGAGAGAGCCAGGGGUCUAACUUCUUGUCUAGCCUGCUGGGUAAACCACAGUAAGGUGUGAGUGUGUAUGUGUGUACGCCUGUGUUCAUGGGCAGUGUGAAAGCUGAGUGUGUGUGAAAGAUGAUUUUAGGUUCCAGCAGUCCCACUUCUGAUUGGCAUCAGUUGAUCACUGUGAAGUCUUUUAUUUUUUUCCUAUCUUUUCAGACUCUUCUCGCCCGUACUUUGAAACCCCCGAUCAUCCAGAAAACUUUUAUUUUGUAGGCUGAGCAAUAGGAAAUGCAACAACAAAAAAUAAGACACAUUCAGACAUUUAAAGAAACCAGCAUUAUCGAGCCUUGUUGCAGUCUUGUGAUGUUAUGCACACAUAAGUUACAAGGGUACUAUAAAAGAAUAGCAGUGCCCAUAAAAUCUUUUCUACCUAGAGGUCUACACAUAGAGGGCUAUUUAACAUGGGACCAAAUAUGACAUUCCUGUUGGUUGAGCUGAGCCACGUUGCUUUGGUAAUGACUUUAUGGAAUAUUAUUACAUCUUUAAGUUCCAUUUUUUUCCACAUCACAUGUUGAUGUUAGCACUCUGCUGCCUGGCUAUGAUCUGUUAGACAAUUUUAUUUAAUGUCACAGAGAUUAAUACAAAUUUGUCAGCAGUUGUGGAUUUGGACAGCGAUUCUCUUCCGUGAUGAAGAAUAAUUAGAUACAAGUUUCAGUUGUUUCUCUUUGAUUUUCCUUUUCUAACACGUGAAGGCAUUUUCAUGCAUUUUUGAAGCUGAUUUUCUUCAAAGAAGUCUUAAGAUAACUGACCCGGAGGAACACUUGACGUUAUGUUUGUUGUUCAUCAUAUUUAUGAACUUGUGCCCCAAGGUUUGCUUCUUUUUGUGUGUGUGUGAAUAAGUUCAGAUUUGUUUUUAUUUUUCUGCCCUUUCAAUACAGCUCAAUAACAUAUUGUGUCCAUGUUUAAUAGCUUCGAUGAGCCCUCAGCUUUGUGUGUGUUUUUUCUUUUCCAAAAAAAAUAAUAUUGAAACAUAUUUUCUUUUACCAUCUUUGUAUUUCAUGUAGUUGACAGUCAUGCUGAACUUUUUAAAAGAAAAUUCAAAUAUUCCUCAAUUCAUGGAUCUUUUACUAUUUUAAUGGGGAAACAUGUUUACAUGAAAAUUGGGUAUAGAAAUUUAUCCUUUUUUAAAAGUGUUAGUAUUUCAAGGUUUAAAGUGUUGUUGUUUUUUUGUUGUUGUUGUGUGUGCUGGUCAGCCCGAUUUCUUUUUGAUGGACAAACCAUGUCAGUAUGUCAAAACCUAACCGUUGAAAUGGCACUUAAAACGUAAACGAGCUACAGUUGAGAUUUAUUGAAAUCCAUAAACAUGCUGGGGUUUUUUAAUAGAGGAAGACACGUUGCUCUCUUUUAUUGUUAAUUUGAGAAGAAAAUCAUAGCCGCAAAAAGAUUUAGCACAGUAGGAAAAAACAAACAAACUGCUGGAUCCACGUUCAUGGAGAUGAAGUAGAGAAAUGUGCACUGAUAGGAAUUUGCUGGGAUUUUUGAGGCCAUAAAAAUGGAGACGUUUAUCUCAGCUGUCUGGCCACCUCAGUUAACCAGAAUGAUGCUCAUUGCUGCUCCAUGGAGAGUCAGUUCCUCAGUGCGAGUGAUCUGUAGUCAGUUUGAUAAUGUAAUGUGCAUAUUAGUGUAUUUUCUUCUCUGUAACUGGUUUUGAUAUGUUUUGACGUGCAAAUCGUAUUGAAUAAAAAUGUUUGCAAUUAA